AAAUUAUUUAGACGCAAAUAAUAUUAUAUGCGUUCACCAAUUGCGAACAUUUAACUAUGAAAUCAACACAUUCAGAACAGCGAAUUUUAUCAGUUUUAUGUGCAAUUGAAUUCAAAUUCCAACACUCUCCCUCUGACUAUACCACAACACUGACAUGCAUGUGCAUGACCGUCGCGACGACACUUCACCACGUGGUUUCCCUUUUUGUUUAACCACGCAUAUCGCCAUGGCUCCCGCAACGCGUGCCCAGGAAACCAGUCGUCAAGGCGUCACCAGUGUUUGUCCUUGUUCAAUAAACUGCUUACAAUGAAACCCGAAGUGUUUACAUCGGAACAGCGGUCUUCCGGUUUUGCAGAUAAUUGUUAAUGAAAAAUCACAUUUUAUUAAUAUACAGUAUGUAGCAAAUAAACGGAUCUCUCACAUAAUUAUGGAACUCAGUCUGUACGGAUCACAGAUUAACCUAGCAACGCGCGAAAAGACUACCCCCACAAACAAUUAUAUGCACCUGGUAGGUGCAGGUUCUUCCCGUCCCGGAUCGGCAUUCAACAGUCGUCGCUUUGCGGCUCACAUAAAACGUCCCCUAUCGGCAGAUAGUCAAAUACAACGAAAACCGUCGUCAACAAUAGGAGGUUAUCUGUCAAAGCGUAGCACUUCGUCGUCCAGUCUCCUGAAGUCACUGUUAGCGGAGCCGAUCUCACGCUACUGGGGGACAAAGACACUGACUGGCGGUCGCUCGACUAAGCAAAUGUCAAAAGUGAAAAGUAAGAAACGGAGUAUCGUUACCUCAAGGAAAAAUCUGGUAGAUUGUAGCUCUGAGGAGGAAACCAGUAUGGACGAAGACACACAGGAAUCGAACAAUGAAGCUGAACUUGAGAACAUCUGGUUCGCAGAUAAACUGAAGAUCAUAGCUGGAGCUGAUAAGAAACCACCGGCUCCACGUGGCGCUACGCGUAAACCAGUUUCGAAAAAAACUAAUAAUGAAAGGCAACCAAGUGGUGUUUCAAAAAUACAAAAAAAUAUUGAUCUGCCCGGUAGGGUGUCGUUCAGUUCUAAUGACCCUUACGAGGUUGACUACAGCGAAUAUGAAGAUAAUGAUUUUGCUGUUGAGAAACAGGAUCAACUAGAAAAGUCCCUGUGCAGAAAUGAAUCGAUAUAUGACAGCCAAAACUUUCAAGAACCGUUGAUAGAGCAAGUAAAACCAAUAGUCAGUAAUUCGGUGAAAUUUGAAGAUGAUUUGGUGAGUUCCAGCAAUGAUACUAGAGAGGAAAAGACUGAAAAAAAUGUUAAAUUUGGUUCGAAACAGGACUCGUUCGUCGACGAAAAUGAUUCAAACAAAAUUAUCGAAGACUACAAGAAAGAGAUUGAAGACAUAAACCGCCGGAGAGAAAUGGAAUUAAAGUUGGUUCAGUCAGAGUGUGCUAAGCCCUACGAUCCGAAGAUGUACACGGUUGAAGUUACAGAGACAUACGUGGAGGAGACCUAUAAGAUAACUGCCAACGACGACUUGAGGGAGAAACCACGCAGACAUAUAGGGGAACCGAAAAAGGAUGUGAUUAACGAAUACUACGAAUGCAUCAAUGAGAUCAUCAACCAACAAAACGACACUUCUAAACAUAAUUAUAAGGAAGACACAUUACAGGUCAAUCUGAACAAUGAAUCUAAACCAAUUCUCAUGGAUAAGUUUCAACCGAUUAAAAUUGAUUCAAAAUUGUCCGAUCCUGAUAAAAACAAGUUGGGGAAUACACCCAACCAAAUAAUCAAAAACCACUUCAAAGUUAAGGGACAGAACUUGAAUGAUAUCAAAUCUAACAAAUCCAAUCAGAAAACCUCCGUGUUAACGUGUAAAAAGAAUAGCAAAACUCUUGAAAAGCCAAAAUCUGCCGAUGUUCAAAAAUCAAUCCUCAGAAAUCCGAAGAAUAAUAACGCGUCAAAUAAGUUCUUGGGCCCACUUUGUCGCCAGGAUAGCAACAUCUCAGAAUUCCAGAUGGAAAAGAUAGUCAGUUGGAUGUCCUGCAAUGAGGAAACUUUUCAUGGGCCGUUUGAAGCGACGGACACGGCUAUGCGAGCUACGCUGGGAACGGUGGAGGAAAUCAAGGGACGUCCGACAACUCCGAAUGAUCCUAGCAAAACUACCGAUGACGAGUCCUGCUACAAUUUUGAUCCUGCUCGAUCCCGGGAGACGACAGGUAAUGAACAGAUAAAGUACGACGAAGAAUCGUUACUGGCGAAUGAAAUUAUCAAGCCGAAGCCGGAUUUCCAGACCCUCAAAAGUGAAGUCGAGUAUCGGUUGAGCAACAUCCUUGAUUUACGUGAAUCACCUGACAGUUCUGGGCCUCAGUUUCAUCAGCAUGACCAGCACGAUAAAGACAAGCUAAAUGAUCUGUUUUCCUAUCUCGACCAGGUAGAUUUGAAGUGUGAGAAAGCGCUUAAAACAGUAGCUCCGUCGGAGUCGGAUCGGUCAGAGAUAGAAUUCGCUGCGGAACCAGAUUACAUGGAAACAAUUCCAAAAAUGAGUGACCUUCUGGAGAUACCCAUCCAUCAACUGGCCAGGCGUGUUAUAAAACUUUCGCUCCGGGCCAACGAAUUGAGCAAUGCAAUUCAUCUAUCAAAGGAUCACGUGUCGAAUCUGAAGACCGACAAGAUGAAAGCACUGCGCGCAGAGAAGACCGCCUUCUUAAAUAAGCUAAAAGAGCAGAAAAAGCACUACGAGGACAUCAUUGGUCGGCAUCAAGAGUUUAUCGAUCAGCUGAUCAAGGACAAAUCGGGGCUGUGUGAGAAAGUUACACAAUUGACGCGGAGGAUCGAAUCGCAGAAUCAAAUCUGGGAGCAUCGACUGAAGACAGAAUUGGAAAGGGCAAAAGAUACUGCACUUGCAGCUGAAAAGAUUAGACGAGAAAAAUGGGUUAGGGAAAAUACUAAAAAAAUUAAGGAACUGACCGUGAAGGGCUUGGAACUAGAGAUAAAUAAAAUGACGGCAACUCAUCAGAAAGAUGUGGCAGAGCUGAAACGACAACACAAGGAUGAGAUGAUGUGCGCGAUUUCGGAACUAAAACUGCAGUACGAACAGAAGGAAGCUGAUAUUCGGCAAAGUUUGCAGAAGGAUAGGGAUGCCUUCAUCGAAAGGGAAAGACAAAGUCUGCUGGAAAGGUUCGACAAACAGGUUAGCGAGGAGCGAUCCAUAUUUGAACAGCAACGUCAGCAUUUGCUAAAUGAAUUCGAAAUUGAGAAGGAAAGGAAUCUAAAAGACCUCAAGAAUCGUAAUCAGUACUUUGAAACUCAAAUUCAAGAGCUAAAGUGCGAGAAUGCUAAAAAUUUGGAAUUUGCUCGUAAAGAGUACGUACAGAUGUUGAAAGAUCGGGAGAAUAAACAUAAGGAAGAGCUAGCGAAACUGCAGAAUCAGCUAGAAGCCGACUUUUCAGUUUGGAAAAGAAAACAUGAGGAGAGCGCAAAAAAUGCCAUGGAAGACCGUGAAAACGUUGUUAGACAGCAGUUAAGGGCAGAAAGAGAUCAACAGAUCGAUCGAAUUGUCGCCAAAGUUGAUGCCGAAACUCAAAAGUACCAACAGGAUUUCGAUGCUAAAAUGAAUCGUCUCAAAGAGAAACAUCAGGUGGAAAUGCACGAGCAGGAAGCCACCGAGGCACUGCUCAAGCAAAAAUACCAGGAUACGCGAGAUAAGUUGUCGGAGAGCGAAGCGAUUAUACAGAACAUGAAAUCUUCCGCGAAGCAGCUCGAAUUACAGUUGAACCAUUCAAAGAAAUUGUGCGAAGAUCUUCUUCGUGAAAAGGAAUCCAUGAAGGAGGAGGCUCGGAAAGAGGUUCAAAAAGAUCUGACCAACAUGCAGCAGGAACGCGAACGUGAAAUUGAACGAAUUUACUGCAGGGUUCAGCAGGCAAUCGACAAGAAGGAUGUAACGAUCGCAAAUUUGCAAAAGGAUGUCAAUUCUUUGAAGGAACGUUGUCUUAAACAGGAUGCAGUUAUUCGACAGCAACGAAUUGACUACUGCAUAAAAUAGCAUAAGCGAAAGUAGUAGCUUAUAGUAACUUACAAAAUAGACUAAUCUCUUAAAAGAGAUGCCACUGCCUGAAGAAUAUACAGACCAACAACUACAAUGCUUGAUAUAGUUCGACAUGUUGGAAUACAGUAAAUUAGACCUGAUGUUGGAUAUGCUUAUUGGGCCUAGUUGUUUUUAAUAUUAACUUUGACUCAUAAUUCAAUUUGUAAAUAUAAGUAGAAAAGUAUUAUAUAAACACAGGAAACGGUUGGUUUAUAACUAUAUAUUCUAUACUUUUAUUAUGAAUACAUCCAAACUAACCUUUCAGUUGCAAUUAUGUUCCUAACUGCAGAAAACACCAGCGGAUUAUUCCAACACUGAACUGAUCUACGAA